GACCUGUGGGUGUCACUGACGCGUGAACACACUGUCACUUUGGCUUUGGAUAAUUCGCAAACUGGAGUCUGAGACGAGUGCCAAAUAAUUCAGAUAGCACAUUCCUAAAUUUGGGAUUAUGAUCUGCGCAUAAAUGAGUGAGGCCCGUAACAGCUGAUUCGGUUAUAGUUAAAGUUAUAGUUAAAUAUGGAAAGUUAAAUAAGAUGAGGAAUUCCGACUCUCCGGGACCACAUUAGCUACCAUACCGCGUUAGACAUUCAGCCAGCUUGUACAGAUAGCCAGAUCGGCGUUUAAGUCAAAGUCGUAGCCAGUUUGAGAGGCGCACUACAUCAGUCGUAGGGAGCUGACUCGCAACAGAUGGGUGUUGUGGCGCUUCAACUAAAUUAGCCCUUAAACGACAUUUAAUUGUUUUAAUUGGAAAUAAAUGAUGGUGAGGCGGUUGAUCUCAAGGCUUUGCGUAUUGUUCGCCAUUGCGCUCCACAUUGAAGGCUCCAGGCUCCGCUUGGAGGAGAGCCCCCCCCGGAUUGUCCACCACCCCUCCGAUUUCGUGGUGAAGGUGGGCCGCCCCGCCACGCUGUCCUGCCGGGCCGAGGGCCACCCGAAUCCCGCCAUCGAGUGGCUCCACAACGGCGUCCCCCUGGAGACGGACAGGCUGGAGGGCCAGUCGCGGCCCAUGGUGCUGUCCGAGGGCAGCCUCUUCUUCCUCAGCGUGCUCCCCGGGAGGCGGGGUCAGUCGCACGAGGGCGUGUACGCCUGCGUGGCCCGGAACAGCGCCGGGAGGGCCGUGAGCCGCAACGCCUCGCUUCACAUCGCAGCUCUGCAGGAUGAGUUCCGAACCCAGCCGAGUGAUACUGAGGUGGCUCUGGGGGAGAUGGCCGUCAUGAACUGCACCCCACCUGCAGGCCACCCGGAGCCCAACGUCACAUGGAAGAAGGAUGGGGUACCUCUCAACAGCACUGAAGAGCGCUACACUGUUUACAAUGGGAAGCUGGUCAUUUCUCCUGCUCAGAAGAACGACUCCGGCACGUAUGUGUGUGUGGCAUCGAACACCAUGGGGGUCCGAGAAAGCCAAGCGGCCAGGUUGUCUGUUUUUGCCAGGCCGGUGUUGUCGCGGAAACCCCUGGAUGUCACGGUGAGGGUCGGGGAGACGGCGUGGUUCUCCUGCGAGGCGCAGGGAGACCCCAUGCCUUCGGUGAAGUGGACCCGGGACCUGGGCUCACUGCCCUAUGGGAGGUACGAGGUGAAUCCAGACCACAGCCUUCAGAUCCACUACGUGACAGCGCAGGACGCGGGGCGCUACACCUGCAUCGCCGCCAGCGAGGCGGGCCAGGCCUCCGCCAGCGCCAGCCUGCAGGUGCAAGAGGCGCUGAACGCCGGGCAGAAGGAGCUGCACACGGAGCUGUCGGUGCUGCGGGUGGACCUGGAGAACGCCACCGCCCUGUUCCCGUCGUCUGAUAGGCUGCAGCUGCAGUGGAAGCUGCAGCCAUCCCACACCCAGCCGCAUCACCUGGACGGUUUUGAGGUUCUCUACCGCUCCCUUUUCCCCGCCAGCUCUGAUUGGGCAGCUGAGAGGGUGGCUCCGCCCCGUUUCCAGGCUGUGAUUGGCCCCCUGAAGAGGGGGUACAAGUACGAGCUGAAAGUGCGGCCCUACGGCGGCGGGCUGUACGGCCGGGAGAGUAACACCAAGCGCCUGCGGGUUCCAGAACUAGUGCCCAGCGCCCCCCCUCAGAGCAUCGCCGUGACGAUGGCUGCGGACAGGAACGACACCAUCCAGGUGAGCUGGGACCCGCCCCCCCAUGAGGCUCACAACGGGAUCAUUCAGAGCUACCAGGUGUGGUGUGUGCAGUCGGAGAGCCAGCAGUCACUCAACUGGACAGUGGGUGGGGGCACCCACAGCCUGGACAUCAAUGGCCUGGACCCGGGGAAGCAGUACUGGGUUACCGUGGCAGCAACCAAUGGAGCAGGCGUUGGUGUGCAGAGCAACCCUCACAGGCUGAUCUUAGAGCCCCUGCAGGCUGUGGCCCCGGACCACAGCAAUUCGGCGGUCCUGGCGAAGGUCCUAGCAGUGGUGCGGGAUCCUGUGUUCAUCGGCAGUGUUGGCGCCCUCCUGUGGUGUGUGCUCAUGGUGACAGCUGUCUGCCUGUACCGUCGCCACACCAGGCCAGCCCACCUCAGACACAGCCACCGCAAAUCUGCAGGCCUGUACAGGCUAACCAGUGAGGACCUCAUCAUAAAGCACAGGAUGGCGGCCCCUGAUUCGCCCUGGAUGUCUGGCGUCUGGAGGUCAUCCCCUUUUAACGAGUCGCACCACAGCCUGUGGGCCCAGAGUCAGGAGAACCCCGGAUUCAGGAGGACCACUCUGCCAGAUGCCUGGAAGAAGGACCCGAGCCCCCUGGAGACGGCCGUCCCCAUCGUGCCCGACAGCUGCGGAGUGUACGGCACGUUCUACGUGGACCUGACGGGGAACGGCCUGAAGACCUUCAACAGCCCGGCCCGAAGGCCCAAAGCGGGUCACGGAGGCCUGCAGCUGGACACGGAGACCGUGCACCUCUCUCAGCCCCUGUUCAAGAACGCCAUCGUCAGGGAGGGGCAGGCGCCUUGGAAACGGGCGCUCCCCGCCCAGCCCAACAUGGGUGUGCUCAAGGAAUCAUGGGAAAAAAAUUACAAGCGCGAGCUCCACGCCGUCAACAGUGCCCCUCUGGCGCCGACGCGGCAGCAGUCCAUGGCCUUACAGAGCAUGCCCAGUGCGCACGCCCAGAGGCUGAGCCAGCGCCCGCCUGGCGGGUUCUCAGAGCGCGCCAAGCCGCACGGCUCCCCCAGGGUCCUGCAUUACUCCGCCUCCCUGCACCUGAUUGACAUGCUCCCGACCCCGCCCCCUCUUCCUCUGGAUGACACCCACAGCCUGAGCUCUGAAGAAGGGUCCAGCAAGUCCACCAAGCUGACCGUGGACGGGGGCUCCCUGCGGUCCAUGGGCACCGUGUCCGGCAUCCACGGCCCCCCGACCACGGCCGGCUGCCCCUCCUACAGCCGUCUGUCCACCGCCUCCUUCUGUCUGUCCGUGGACGACGACCAGGACGCGGGCCUCACUGCUCAGGAGGUGGCGCAGUACCUGGAGCUGAGUCCCAAGGUGGAGAGACGCAGCACUGUGCCCGACAGCCCCGCCUCUCAGCCCCGCCCAUUUUCACCAACGCCCACUUUCGGCUACAUCUGCGGCCCCCUGCCCUCCGACAUGGACGCCGAGGACCUGGACGAGGGGCCGGACGCGGGGAGGAGCCAGCGGCCGUUUUCGGGGCGGAGCCGGCUGAGGAGCACGCCCUCCUCGUGCGCCAGCGACUGGGAAGGCUCCCUCUGGAACGGCUGGGGCUCCAUCUCCGAGGGCAACCUGCCCAGCGCCCGCACCAGCCUCAUCAGCUCCUCCGACGGGUCCUUCAUGAACGAUGCCAACUUUGCCCGCGUGCUGGCUGUGGCUGCGGAGUCAAUGGGCGGAGCUCCUUUCUCAGAUUUCUCCCCUCCGGCCUCCCCGCUGAGCGCACUCUUCCCUCCUCGGGAGUGUUUCGGGGAGCUGGACCCCAUGCCGGUGUGGGAUUGGAGCACGGCCUGGGUGGAGGAGAUAGAGGCGCAGUACCGCUCCUCCAGAGGGGCCGGGGCAAGGCCAGGACGGGACAAGGUUAGGGAAACCUGAGCCCAUCACCACGGUGACAGGAGAGGAGAAGAAUUCUGGGGAGGACAGGGCUGCCCACAAAAAUGCACUCCCAGUGAUUGUACCCAGAACCCCCCACCUCCCCUCCCCCAAAAAAAAAAAAUCUGCCUGCCUCAGAUCUACACGUGUUGAACUACACUUCCCACAAUACCUCAGGACAACCUAUCUUCAAUCUAGUCUUCCUGCAGCUGACUUGAGUAUCAGUUUUGGUAUUUGAGGUUGAAGGGCGGUGGGGCGCAUUAUCAUGUCUUACUAGUGACAUUCAAGAAAAGCAAGAACAAGUUGUUUUGGGAAGAGAACUUGGAGAGGGUUUUGUUUUAUUACAGGCGCUGUUGAUCCACUGCUUUAUCUGGUUAAUAAUCAUCUGUUUUUUCUGUGCCUUCACUGGUGAAUAGGAGUAAUCAGAGUAAUACAGGCCCUGUACAGCAUAUCCCUCUGUCAUCCCCUUACAACAGAGUGUAAAUAAAACUCUUAUUUAAACUAUUGCAAAUAUGUAUCUUCAAGCUCGGAGACUACAGUACACACAAAGCACAGAAUUAGGGUACAUUAUCAGCUUUUCUGUGUCUGUUAGUGUGAGUUUGUUUGUAGCCCUUACUGGAUAGAUUAUUAUGAGAAUGCUGAUAUGUCAGCAAUAGAAAUAUUAGACUAGUUGUAUUUUAUAUAUUCUAUUUUUAUUCACUCCAAGACAAUUGAAAAUGUUUACAGAAAAUGUCAAACUAGAAUUAAGUCUAAUAUUAUGCCAUUAUAGUAAAAAUGGGAAAAUGUGUAUAAAUGGAAAAUUAGCGAGCGGUGUAUUGAAUUUGACGAGGUGUUUUGCCCGAAUAGCUUGCGUCUCAGUAGAACUGGGCUAAUAUUUGUUUUAUUUGUGGGCUUUUUUACAUUUUUUAAGUACGCACUGCUAAAGUGUUGUUGCUGAUUUGGAAUACUAGCAAAUUAUUUUGUUAAACUGUGUACUAACUGCUGUUUGUUUUCUUCUCUGUGUGGCAUUACCACUGCAAAUAAAAUAUAUCUGUGAUGUUCGAGA